UCCUUUUGCCUCCUUGUACCCCUGGAAGCAACAUGGGUCACCAGCAACUCUACUGGAGCCACCCGAGGAAAUUCGGCCAGGGCUCCCGCUCUUGCCGCGUCUGCUCGAACCGACACGGUCUGAUCCGGAAAUACGGGCUGAACAUGUGCCGCCAGUGUUUCCGUCAGUACGCGAAGGACAUCGGCUUCAUCAAGUUGGACUAAGUGAUCUUCCUUCGAUGGAUUAUCCAGGCCAUACUGAUGCUCA